UCGUCACGUUAGACAUUUCAUUAAAUAAAUUCACUCAAAUAUUUCAUAGAAAAGUUACGUAUGGAUUAUUGACAAUAGCUAUCGACAUCGAGCGCAAUCGAGUUGUUUCGCUUCUGCAACUUGAGAUGUCUACAUUACGUACACGAAAACUAGCUCCACCAAUCGUUCUUCUAUACCGUAUGGUGUACUAUAUGUAUAUAGUAAGCGAAUGAAACUAUGAAUAUGAAUUAGCACGGCGAUAAAAAAAAAUCGAUAAACAUCGACUCGGACAAGUUACACUUAAAUAACAUGCUACCAUUACACGAAUAAUUGAUAGGAUAACCUUCGAGAUUAGGGAUAUUAAAUAUUUUUGGAAAUAUGGGGGACGCGGUUCACGGAAAAAUCCUAUUCGUAAAAAUGUGCGAAAUGUGUCAUAGCAGUGAUCAAGGUGGUAGACACAGAGUAGGUCCAAAUCUUUACGGAAUUAUGGGCAAAAUCUGCGGCACUACUCCUGGUUUCAACUACACCAAAUCAAUGAAAGAAAAAGGUAUCGUAUGGAACGAGACCACGUUAGACGAAUACUUGGAAUUCCCCAGGACUUUUAUCCCCGGUACAAGAAUGGUAUUCAACGGUAUAAGAAAAGCGGAAGAUCGGAAAGACAUAAUUGCUUAUUUAGCAACGUUGAAAUGAAAAUGACGAAAAGUGCAUGCUUCGUGCGAAAUAAUCUACAAUAAAUAAUGUACAGUAUUAAAAGAAUGUAUCAUCUACACCUAAAGCGUUAAUUUUUAACGACUCGAAUCAGAGCCCAUUUUAUAGUAAACGUUUACCAUGUAUUUACUAUUUAUAAAUAGAUCGGAUGCACAAGUAUUCGAUUUCACUUUUAU